AUGGCAUCUUGGUGGAGUUUUCGAUGUUUAUGGUUAUAUUAUAUACUUGGACAAUUUAACAUUUUGUACGUAAGAGCAGAUUGGCCUUCUUUGAAUACAUCAAAUAUACAAUUAUUGAGUCUUUUGUAUAAUACACCAAACGGAACUGAUUCUUUAGUAGAGUACACUCAUGCUCUUGCAAUGUUUAAAUCAGCAAUAGUACUUGCUCAACAAUACAAUAUAACAAUUGACGGAGAAUUUAUUGGAUGGCAAUCUGUAACAACUGAUGGUGAUAUUAUGCAUGGUCUUCGAAGUACAUGUCAUACGACAUCGAAGUCAAACAUCGUUGGCAUUGUGGGACCAUAUCUUUCAAGAGAAUCUCAAGUUAUCGCUCCUUUUGCUGCAUCAAUAGGCAUUCUUGUUAUAUCACAUUCUUCAACUGAUCCUACAUUAUCUGAUCGAACUGCUUAUCCUACUUUUUAUCGUACUAUUCCUGCAGAUGAUACAGCUGCAUUAGCUAUUGGUCAAUUAUUUAUUCGAUUUAACUGGACAUCAUGUGUAGUUAUCUAUCAAAAUGAUGCAUUUGGAGAAGGCUUUGAACAAGCAAUCUCUGAUGUAUUUGAUAAUUAUAAUUUAACAAUUACAGAAACGAUCAUGUUUGAUAUUGCAACACUUGGUAUUCGAGGCGACUUAAAAUCUCUUUUAAUUAACAAUCCAUCACGAAUCGUUCUUUUAUGGGCUCAAGAAGACUAUGCAACUUUAAUUUUACAAAGUGCACUAGAUUCUGGUGUACUCGGUCCAAGUUAUACAUGGAUAUUAAGUGCAGCUAUUGAAUUAAAUUCAUUUGACCCACAAUGGUAUCCAAGCUUAAUUGGAAUGUUUACUAUGGAAGCUGUUGUUGGAAAUGUUAU